GGCUGAGCUGCAUCACCUGAUGUGAUUUACAACGCAUUGGUCGGUGUGUUUCCUGCACCGCUGAACAAGUGCCCUAACGGCUGAAUAACCUGCGCCGGUUAAAGUUGAACUCACUGUCUAAUAUGUAUAAUUCCAAAACGGAUAUAUGUUCUGGAUCCGGAUGCAAUUGCGUCUGGGUCCGGACCCGGACCGCCGUCCGCCAGUUGGGGACCCCUGGUCUAGGGGGAUUUAAGGCUGUGCACCAGCUGCUGACAGACCAUGCCUGUGCUGCCGCUCAACGACAAAAGGAUGUGGACCGUACCUGAAAUGGCCUUGAGCUCAGCUAGCUUUCCCCCUUAACUCCACUCUGUCCCCGCACUGCCAUCCCCACAACUUUGUCGUUAGUGCAGCCGCGGUCCAUUCCCGUUCUUGUGUUAACGGCCGUGCAGUGAGCGCAGAGUCAGUUUCAGUUCAGACACAGACACUAAACCAAAAUACUUAAGUGUUAUUGCUCAUCGUCUAUCAGUAUCAACAAUAAGCGUUGCACUCUUCUUCUACUCUGGCGUCUUAUUAGGUGAGACCCGCCCUGUUGAGAUUGAAAACCCUAAAAACCAACAAAUGACAACCUGUGGCCUUGACAAUAUGGAAACUGUGACAAAUGUUUUUUCUAUGCUGGAUUUUCUCACUACGACUUCAUCUGUUCCUCUCUAGGGGAGUGUCAUAUGUUGCUGGUGGGCGACCCUGGCACAGGGAAAUCUCAGUUUCUAAAGUAUGCAGCUAAGAUCAUGCCUCGCUCUGUACUCACAGCUGGAAUUGGAUCAACAAGUGCAGGACUGACCGUAGCGGCGGUGAAAGAUGGAGGUGAUUGGCAUCUGGAAGCAGGAGCCCUGGUCCUGGCAGAUGGUGGUUUGUGCUGCAUUGAUGAAUUCAACAGUAUCAAGGAACACGACCGCAUCAGCAUCCAUGAAGCUAUGGAACAACAGUCUAUCAGUGUGGCCAAAGCUGGUAUGGUGUGUAAGCUGAAUACUAGAACCAGCAUCCUGGCAGCUGCCAACCCUAAAGGCCAGUACGAUCCCAACGAGCCACUGUCUGUCAAUGUGGCUCUGGCCAGCCCUUUGCUGAGUCGCUUUGACCUGGUUCUAGUUCUGCUGGACACCAGAAAUGCAGAGUGGGACCACAUCAUCUCCUCUUUCAUUCUAGAGGACAGAGGGCUGCCUGCUGAGUCUGCUAGUGUGUGGUCCUUGGAGAAAAUAAAGGCUUACUUCAGUGUGAUUAAACGCUUGCAGCCGCAGCUGUCUGAGGAGGCCAACAUCAUCUUGACACGUUACUACCAGCUGCAGAGACAGAGUGAUGGUCGCAACGCUGCCCGCACCACCAUCCGCAUGCUGGAGAGUCUAAGCAGACUGGCUGAAGCCCAUGCCAGGCUCAUGUACAGAGAGAUGGUGACCAUAGAGGAUGCUGUCAUGGCUGUCUCUGUCAUGGAGUGCUCCAUGCAGGGCGGCGCUCUGCUGGGGAAUGUGAAUGCAUUACUCACCUCAUUCCCUGACGACCCCUGUCAGCAGUAUCAGAUUCAGUGUCAGAUGUUACUGGAUGGGCUGAACCUUCCACUGCUCCUUCAGAAAGAGAUGGACAGACAGGCCAGGCUGAAGAGCAAGGCCUCCCGCAUUGACCCACCAACUGAUCAUUACCAACAUCAACUCAGAGACACAAACUCCAUCAACAAAACACACUGCCAUGACAUCACCAGUAACAAGAGUGAUGACAGUGGCUUGGACUGGUUCCACUCCAUCACUUCAUUACUGUCCCCAGAUGGUAUAGCCUCGUCCAUAACUACAUCAACUCCAGAAAACUUCAAUAGAAAACCAAACUGCAGUUGGUCAGACAUGUCUACAGCAACUAAACUGCCAAGCUCUCCAACUGAAAAGGACAUUCUAAGUAACACUAGCCCAUCAUUAAACCACGAUGUCAUUUCAAAUCCGUUUGGAACAAGUGCCUCUACUUCACAAGAAGAAAAUAUUAAAGAAAGAAGCUCCAUAAUCCAAAUGCAGAUGAUGCAGAACGAUAAAAAACAUCCAGAGUCCUUGGGGUGUGUGUUUCAGAGAGUCUCAAAGAAUCUGAGACACAGAAGAGGAGACCUGGAGCUGAAUCAUCCGCAUGGAGAGAGGGUGCUGUCUGGAGAUGCAAGUAAAGAUGUGACUGAUGUUUUAGAUUCCCACACUAGCAGCUUAUUGUCUUCAGCUAAGAAGAGCCUUUCAAAUAACCUAGUUCAGGGUAACUUGUCUCCUGGCAAAGAAACUAGAUUUGAGAAGGAGGACAAGAAGGACCAGACUGAAGCUAAGAACAUCAGUACUGUACUAAAGGAAAAGAUGGCAGCUGAAGCUGAAACGGGUAAAGAGCUGCAUGCAAAGUUGUCAAGCUUUAUAUUCAAACCAAGGAAGAUGAGGCCUUCAGUCAAUAACCACAGCCUUAAUGCCAGCUCAGCCGUCAGUGCAGAGUUCCAAACUCAUUGUAACUCGGGCAGCAGAGAUCCUCACACCUACACAGAAAACAGAAUGAGUGAGCCGAAGCCAAUUAGUCAUGAUGACUCAGCUGACCCACCUACAGAUAUGGAGAGAAAGAAAAGGCAGAACCAGUACCUAAAUCUUUCGGAAGGCGAAAACAGGAUAAUACAGGUGAGAUGUGUCAGUGAGGUGGGAGGGAAAAGAUCUGAAGCCACAUCUCAAGGAAAAACUGUGUGUCAAGAACAAAGACCCAGAGUCAACACCAGUGAGGAGACUAAAGUAAAGCCAAACACUUUCGUCAUUGAUACAGCAUUUUCCAAAUCAGGCCACACUAUGUCCACUGUGGCCUCUUCUACCCUGGCUAAACUCUCAAGAUUCUCAUUUCCCUGCACAGCUGAAGUCGAAACAGAUCCUGCUACUGAAGUGGAAAAAAGGCCACUUCAAAUUGAUGGUGCUAGACACUUAACUAAAGAUGCUCAAGAGCAAAUUUUAAAGAGCAAAGUAAAGGAUACAGAGCUCGCACCAGGACAGGGACAUGAACAAGGGACAGAGUCACCAACUAAAACAAUAUCUAAAUGCAAAGCACAGCCUUCUCAUGCUUCAAACCAAAGAACGAGUGUAGACAUGGCAAAUGAUGGUCCUGUUGCCAAUCAAAGUAGUGGCAAUCUGAAGAAGAGAAAGUGUUUUGAGCUGAGCCCUCCACCAAGUAGUGUUCAUGCUUCCAAGGGUCCGUUCUCAGUACUGUCUCUGUUUGACUCUGCUGAGUUAAGUAAUGAUGUUCUUGAAACUGACUGGGACCAAGAGGUUUCAAAGAAAGCCAAAAUGUGAAACCAUAGGCUACUGUCACAAUGUGUAUGUGGACAACAAUGCAAUCACGUUUUGCUGUGUGGCUCAUCAAUUAAAUUUUUUUCCUGAUGUAUGAUUUAGUUACCUUCUGUAGUCUGGAAAUAAACCUGUUCAAUCGUUCGAAUAGUUCAGGUGGAAUUGUGUUUUCUUCUGCGUCCUCUUAUAGCUGAAAAGGCUGGAGGGACUGAGCUAUAAUAGCAGUGGAGCUCAGGCAAAUUAAUUAUCUGCGUGGUCACUAAUAGGCGGACCGAGGUCAGAGUCCAGACCCAGAUGCCGUUGUAUCUGGACCCUGGACUUGUAGCAGAUAGAUAAUUGAGAAUCAUGACAUUU